AUGCUGCGAGGGCCCCGCGCCCCGGCCCCGGCCGCUGCGCUGCCCCUGAAGGGGCUGCCCGCCUUGAGCCCCACCGAACUGUGGCCGCCUGGCCUCGGCAGCCCCCAGCUCUGCCCGGUCACCACCGCCUACUACACCUCGCUGUACCCGCAGACUGUGCCCCCCGCUACGGUGCCCGGCACCUGCCUGGACGCCACUCCCCACGGACCUGAGGGCCAAGCUGUGCGAUGCGUGCCGGCUGGCCGGCUGCCGGCCAAAAGGAAGCUGGACCUGGAAGGCAUCGGGAGGCCUGCGGUCCUGGAAUUCCAGACUCCCAAGGGGAAGCUCAUUAGAGUGGAUGGCCUCCCCAGCCCGAAAACACCCAAGUCCCCCGGGGAGAAGACUCGGUACGACACAUCGCUGGGGCUGCUCACCAAGAAGUUCAUUUACCUCCUGAGUGAGUCCAAGGAUGGGGUCCUGGACUUGAACUGGGCUGCUGAGGUGCUGGAUGUGCAGAAGCGGCGCAUCUAUGACAUCACCAACGUGCUGGAGGGCAUCCAGCUGAUCCGCAAGAAGGCCAAGAACAACAUCCAGUGGGUGGGCAGGGGAGCACUUGAAGACCCCACCCGGCCUGGGAAGCAGCAGCAGCUGGGACAGGAGCUGAAGGAGCUGAUGAGUAUGGAGCAGGCCUUGGACCAGCUCAUCCAGAGCUGCUCUCUGAACUUCAAGCACCUGACCGAGGACAAGGCCAACAAGAAACUGGCCUAUGUGACUUACCAGGACAUCCGUGCUAUCGGCACCUUUAAAGAGCAGACCGUGAUCGCUGUCAAGGCCCCUCCGCAGACAAGACUGGAAGUGCCCGACAGGAAUGAGGAAAACCUGCAGAUAUAUCUGAAGAGCACGCAGGGGCCCAUCGAAGUCUACUUGUGCCCGGAGGAGAUGCAGGAACCAGACAGCCCUGCCAAAGAGCCUGUCCCCUCCACGUCCACCCUCAGCCCCACUCCUGACUCUGCUCAGCCCUGCAGCAGCACCAACCCUGGGAUCCUGGAACCCACGGCAUCCCCAGCGCCAUCGCUGACCUCCCAGCAGGCCCUGCUGCCGCCACCGUCCCUGGUCCCUCUGGAGGCCACGGACAGCAUGCUGGAGCUGCCGCAGCCCCUUCUGCAGCAGACCGAGGACCAGUUCCUGACCGACAGCUCCCCUCUCAUCAGCUUCUCUCCGCCCUUGGACCAAGAUGACUACCUAUGGGGCCUGGAUGGGGGUGAGGGCAUCAGCGACCUCUUCGACUCCUAUGACUUUGGGGACCUGCUGAUUAACUGAGUGACCCCGCCUGCCCCCAGCCGCUCCGCCACUGUCUCUACCUCCUCACAGGCAGACUGACAGGCCCUCUGCCUGCACGGGGACCUUGGACGCAGAUGCUACCCUUAGGGCACGGGGGUCUCCUCUCCUUCCUGCCCCCGCGUCCUGCCCGCCGAAGCUGCCGGGGGUUUGUGGAGGGUACGGGUGAGGAUCGUAUCGGGGUGGGGUCCUGUCCUUCCUAGUGGAAGCUGGGCCUGGGGAGGCCCGUUCAGUCGUCUGACCUCUGACCUCUAAUGUGAAGGGGCCACAGAUGAGGUGACCAGGUCCAGGGAAAGGCCCUGCCACUGCCUUCUGAGGGGUAAUUCGGACCCUCAGUGUAUCGCAGAGCACUUACUGCCUUUGUAUUUAUUUCAGGUUGAGUUUUGUUUGUGUGUCUUCCCUGGGUUUGAGCAGGGACAUCGUUCUGGUUCCAGUAAGACCUCAGACAGGCCAGCACUGUCUGCUGUGCCCGGGCGCCUGGGCUCCCAGGGACCCAGGCCAGCUCCCUGGCCGCCCCGCCGCGUGGGGCGGGGCCCCUGAGCACCUGUCCAGGCUUCUGGACAUCACUGCACUUCGGCUCCUAAUUCUAGAUGGUUUCCAGGGAGCCGUCCCAGCACAGGUGACACGAGCUCCCGAGGAAACCGGAAUAGCCAGUUCAGGAGCCUCCCUCCCUGUGGAUUCCCUAUUUCCCUGCCUUAGAAUGUAAAAGUGAUCCUCGAGGGAGACAGCAGGGUGCUCCUGAGGAAGAGGGACAGGAUGUGGGGGCAGCGCAGUGGCUGCUGCAGGCCCCUCCUCCGUUUGGGCCUCUCGCUGGGACCGGGAGGCAGAGGCCGCACGUGGAGAAGGGUGAGAUGAAGACAGGGAACCGCCAGCACACACCCCUCUACUGCAGGUGUCCCUCUCCCUUCCCUGGAAGGAUUUUGUUUUUUUGUUGUUUUUUUUCUGUUUGUUGAAGGGGUGAUUCUUUAAGGAUCCCCCUUCCCCCAGCUCUCACACAGACCCCCAGGGACAGAGGUGACCA